AUUUAUUUUCAAAAACAUAAAAAUUGUGAGCUGGUUUAAGCAAAAAGAUUGUUAUGAAAAUGGCGACGCGAAAGCUCAUGAUCAUCUCUAGUGAACAUGUGAUGACGUCAACAGUUCAUGAAGGUUCGAGCGAACAACUUCAAGUUACUUCUUCAGGACAAUCUAAGGGUGAAGAAAAGAAACUAAGUGAAGAAGAAGAAGAGAAGAAAGCUUUAUCGAAAUAUCUAUCGAUGGAUUAUCGCAUCUUCAUAAGCUUCUCAUUGCUCGCUAUGUCCCUCACUGGAUUCUACGCAGCUUACUUCAAAUCCGAUUGUCUCUUCCGAAUCCACUUCUUUAUCUUCUUCUUGUGGAUGUUCGUUGUCGUGUCUAAAGCAAUCUUUGUCAUCUUUCUACAUAAGGAGACCAAUCCUAGGUUGUUUCCUGGUACCAAGAUUCAUGAGUUUAGGUACGAGGAUUACUCAGGAUGGGUUAGUAGAUUGGUCAUCAAAGACGAUGAAUGGUAUCGUACAAGGAGAUGUCUUGUUAAGGACAAUGUUUGUAACAGGUUAAACCAUAAGAUGCCAGCUUCUGAGUUUUAUCAGAUGAAUCUAACUCCUAUACAGUCGGGUUGUUGCAAACCGCCACUUUCAUGUGGAUUGAAUUACGAGAAACCAAAUAUGUGGACAGUUUCAAGAUAUUAUAACAAUGUAGAAGUUGAUUGCAAGAGAUGGAACAAUUCUGCAGAUACAUUAUGCUUCGAUUGUGAUUCAUAGAGGGAAAGGCAAGAUAAUCUCAUGGCGACGUCGAUCUCCGGAGCUGUGCUUAAUGGUUUUGGUUCAUCGUUCUUGAUCAGGCGAGGCAAUAGAAGCGAUAUUGGCCUAGUAGCUACGAGGGUUGGCCGGAAGAAUGUGAUCAUUGCACCUAAGUUCAAGAAGUCAAGGGUUCCGACAGCCGUCAAAGGUGAUGGAAACUCAAAACUCGACCCCAAAUGGCUCGAUGAUGCCUCACAGAAAGCAUCCGAGUACGUGAAGGAUAAGGGAAGCGAAGUGGGACAUGUGUCUGCUCAGAAAGGACAAGAGGUUAAUGAUCAUAUAGAGAGAGCAAAGUACUAUAUGUUUGAGAAAGCUAGUGAAGCAAUCGACAAUGUGGCUGAAAUUGCUCAGUUUGCUUCGGAGUUUGUGACCGAGAAAGGCAAAGAAACGAAGAAAGAAACUGCUUCGAUGUCCGAGAAAGCCAAAGACUUCAUCGUUGAAAAAGCCGGAGAAGUUAUAGAUAUAGCCACGGAUGUUAGCAAGAAAACGGCUAAACUCUACUCUAACAUGUCUGGAAGAAAAGAAACGGUUUUAGAUUUGGCCAAGUUUGUGGAUAAGGGUGUGCAAGUUAAGCUCACUGGUGGUAGACAAGUGACUGGAACUCUAAAAGGCUAUGACCAAUUACUUAAUCUUGUUCUUGAUGAAGCAGUCGAGUUUGUUCGAGAUCACGAUGAUCCUUUGAAGACUACGGAUCAGACAAGACGCCUUGGUUUGAUUGUUUGCCGUGGAACAGCGGUGAUGCUUGUCUCACCAACCGAUGGCACUGAAGAAAUCGCUAACCCUUGUUUUGUGGUGGAGACGAUGAAGUCAGUAAUGUCAAAGAUCAAACUCUUUAGACCAGUCCUCACGUUACGUUGUUCUUAUAGCUCCACCGAUCAAACUCUUCUUCUUAACGAAUUUACCAGACUCUGUUACCAGAAAGACCUUCCCAGAGCUAUGAAAGCAAUGGAUUCAUUGCAAAGUCAUGGUCUUUGGGCAGACUCUGCAACUUAUUCUGAGCUUAUCAAAUGUUGCUUGUCUCAUAGAGCUGUUGACGAAGGCAAUCUCAUUUGUCGUCAUUUAUACUUCAAUGGUCAUCAACCAAUGAUGUUUCUGGUUAAUGUAUUGAUCAAUAUGUAUGUAAAAUUCAAUCUUUUGAAUGAUGCUCACCAACUGUUCGACCAAAUGCCUCAAAGGAAUGUUAUUUCUUGGACUACGAUGAUUUCUGCUUAUUCUAAGUGUAAGCUUCAUCAGAAGGCUUUGGAGCUUUUGGUUUUGAUGUUGAGAGAUGGUGUGAGGCCUAAUGUGUAUACUUACUCCUCUGUUUUGAGAGCUUGUAAUGGUAUGUCUGAUGUUAGAAUGCUUCAUUGUGGGAUUAUUAAGGAGGGUUUGGAGUCUGAUGUUUAUGUUAGGAGUGCUUUGAUUGAUGUGUUUGCUAAACUGGGUGAGCCGGAGGAUGCUCUUUCGGUUUUCGAUGAAAUGGUUACAGGUGAUGCGAUUGUUUGGAACUCGAUUAUUGGUGGGUUUGCUCAGAAUAGUAGAAGUGACGUAGCUUUGGAGCUUUUUAAGAGGAUGAAGAGAGCUGGUUUCAUUGCGGAGCAGGCUACGUUGACUAGCGUGUUGAGGGCUUGUACUGGUUUGGCUCUGUUGGAGCUUGGGAUGCAAGCUCAUGUUCAUAUCGUGAAAUAUGAUCAAGACUUGAUACUCAACAACGCACUAGUGGACAUGUAUUGCAAAUGUGGGAGCUUGGAUGAUGCUCGCCGUGUGUUCAACCAGAUGAAGGAGAGAGAUGUGAUUACAUGGAGCACUAUGAUUUCAGGGUUAGCACAAAAUGGUUAUAGCCAGGAGGCACUGAAGCUGUUUGAGCGUAUGAAAUCAUCUGGGACGAAGCCAAACUACAUUACGAUUGUCGGGGUUCUCUUUGCUUGCAGCCACGCAGGGCUCCUGGAAGAUGGUUGGUACUACUUCAGAUCAAUGAAGAAACUUUAUGGAAUCGAUCCAGGGAGGGAACAUUAUGGUUGCAUGAUUGAUCUGCUAGGAAAAGCUGGAAAGCUCGACGAUGCAGUGAAGCUGUUAAAUGAAAUGGAGUGUGAGCCAGAUGCUGUGACAUGGAGAGCUUUGCUUGGUGCUUGUAGGGUUCAAGGAAACAUGGUGCUAGCGGAAUAUGCAGCUAAAAAGGUCAUAGCACUCGAUCCCGAAGAUGCAGGUACUUACACAGUGUUGUCUAACAUAUAUGCAAACUCUCAGAAAUGGGACAGUGUUGAAGAAAUUCGAAAGCGAAUGAGAGACAGAGGAAUAAAGAAAGAACCUGGAUGCAGCUGGAUCGAAGUAAACAAACAGAUUCAUGUUUUUAUCAUUGGAGACGAAUCUCACCCACAGAUAGUUGAAGUCAGUAAGAAGCUGAACCAAUUGAUACAUAGACUCAUUGGUAUUGGUUAUGUUCCUGAAACAAACUUUGUGCUACAAGAUCUUGAAGGAGAACAAAUGGAAGAUUCACUUAGACAUCACAGUGAGAAACUAGCUUUAGCCUUUGGCUUGAUGACAUUACCUAGUGAGAAAGUCAUUAGGAUCAGAAAGAAUCUGAGAAUAUGUGGGGAUUGUCAUGUGUUUUGCAAGCUCGCAUCGAAGCUUGAAAACCGCAGUAUCGUUAUAAGAGAUCCGAUCCGUUACCAUCAUUUUCAGGAUGGCAAAUGUUCUUGUGGUGACUACUGGUAACAAUCAUAUGUCUUUAGAUUACAAUGAAACAGAGUAUAAGAUAAGAUGGUUUAGAAGAUUGUUUCUCUGUAAGUUUUCUUCAUCAAAUUUUUGAUUAGUGAAUUAUGUUUGCUUGUGAAGAAGCUCAUUGAUUUGCCAAUUUUUUUUGAUAGGAUUCUGUAACAUUUGCAAAAUUUAAUAUUUAUGAUAAAAUUAAAAUUCUUAA